AUGGUUCUGGCCGAUGUCAUUAAACGAUGGAAGCAAAUCAGCGGUCAUGAGGCCUACCUCGCUACAGGCACAGACGAACAUGGCAUGAAAAUCCAACAAGCAGCUCUGAGAGAAGGAUUGCCACCGAAGGAAUUCUGUGACAACAACGCCAACAAGUUCAAAGACCUCGCCGAACAUGCCAAUAUCUCGCACGAUUUCUUCAUCCGAACCACCGAUCAAGAACAUAAAGACGUUGUACAGCAGUUUUGGCUUCUUCUCAAGGCUCGCGCUCCGGAAGGAUUGGGACUAUACAAGGGAAAGCAUGAGGGAUGGUACUGCGUCAGUGACGAGUGCUUCUACCCUGAAGAUCUUGUCCAGCCAAGCGUUUCUCCCCAAACAGGCCGCAAGAUGAUGGUCAGCAAAGAGUCAGGUAAUGAGGUCGAGUGGGUUUCGGAAGAUACGUGGUUCUUCCCGCUGUCCAAGUAUAAGGAGAAGUUGCUUCAGUUCUAUGACGAGAACCCGACAUGGAUUCAACCCGCUGAUCGUAUGAAUGAAGUGCGCAACUGGGUUCAAGAUCAUCUCGAGGAUCUCUCCAUCACUCGCCCUGCGACAAGACUCAAUUGGGGAAUCAAGGAUCCCGAAGAUCCCAACAAUACUAUCUACGUUUGGGUGGACGCUCUUGUCAAUUAUCUGACCACCUCUGGAUUCGGCACAAAGUGGCAGGUUGGUGACAAAGACACGGGAAUCUGGCCAGCAGACAUGCACGUCGUCGGCAAAGACAUCAUUCGCUUCCACGCAAUCUACUGGCCUGCUCUCCUCAUGGCCGCAGGCCUUCCCCUACCCAAGAAGAUCCUCUGCCAUAAUCACUGGACCAUGUCGAACCGCAAAAUGUCAAAAUCUGUUGGCAACGUCGUCAACCCUUUCUUCGCCGUACAGCGCUGGGGUCUCGACGCUCUACGAUACUUUCUUAUGCGUAACGGUAGUUACAAAAGCGACUCGGACUACGCGAACGAAUAUAUCGCCGCUAUUUACGAGAAGGACCUUCAGGCCAACGUUGGCAACCUGUUCAACCGAAUUGCUCGAGUCAGGAAGCUUGCAUGGAGUACGACUGAGGCAGUCGGAUUUGCGAAGGCUGGGAGGUUUGAGAACCCUACGGAGAUCUUGCCUACAAGUUCACCUAUGUUCUUGAGUCUCGAGAAGAGUCUGCAAAGCCUGCCAGAGGAAAUUCGAACACAUAUGGACCACAAUCAAGUGAACCAUGCCCUACACCGUAUCUUUUCGCUUCUCCAGGACACCAACCGCUUUAUUUCAGAAACUGCGCCGUGGAAGAUUGUGAAAGAGCAGGAUGCGAAUGCGCGAACGCGCCUCAACUGGGUCAUCUACCGAUCCGCCGAAGCUCUGCGCAUCGCAGGCAUCUUUCUACAGCCCGUCAUGCCCGGAAAGGCUACGCAGCUGCUCGAUGGUCUAGGUGUCAAGCCAGAGCGGCGUACUGUCGAGUAUGCUCGCGCUGACGCUGACCUCGAUUAUGGCACAGAAGCUGCUAUUGUAAGCGACAAACCUGAUGCCUUUGGCUCUAUGUUCCCUCCUGUGGCGGGCAUUAAGCUGCCAGAUGCUGAAGUCGUGGCUAAGAUGGAAGGGCCAAAGAAUCGACUGGGUCGUGUGGUGGUAGCAUUGGCGCAGGAGGCUCAAAAGGCUCGAGAGGCUGAAAAGACUCAAGACGUUAAGACGGUAGAGCCUAAGAUCAAAGAGGCUAAGACGAGAGAAUGA